AUGCAAGAUCCACAAGCUAACAUGUUCAAGAAAGCUGGAUUUGAUGAUACAAUAUUUCUUAGUGAUGAAGAUUUUAAGAACAUCAAUGGGGACAUUAACCUCUCCUUGGCUGACAUGGGGGUUAUGGAAAAUUUUCUGCAAAAUGAGGACACACUGGAAGCAGCUAGUAAAUUUCAACCACAAUUUGAACUUUUUAUUCCUGUGUCACCGUCGGGGCCACCAGAAAGUAAAAGUUUUCCUGGUACUUUAAAUUUUGUAGUUGAAAUAAAAGGUACAGAAACGGACAAGAAGAAAUAUUUGUAUUCUGCUCGCCUAAAUCGUAUUUACGUGAACAUGGGAGUGAAUUUUCCUGUGCACUUCAGCUGGGACGCAGCAAAACAGGUUUUGCUGUACCCCACGGGCCUGUAUGUGAGGGCCACAGUUGUGUUUUCUGACCAAUCACAAGCGGAGAAGCGCGUAGAACGAUGUUUGCAACAUAUACAUGAACCAAACAACCCUGAACAAAAUCAUGCAGGCAGUGAAACAAUAGUGAAGCAUGUGCUUCGUUCCGCACGAGACCUGGGCACAGAUGGGUUGUACUACUGCGGACAGCCGGAUCGACCGGACUCCUGGUUGUCAGUGUUGUUGCACCUGUCAGCUCCUGCUGGACACGCCUACCAGUUUGUCUGCAAGAACUCCUGCUCGUCAGGCAUCAACCGGCGUAAUAUUGCCAUUAUAUUCACACUCGAGGACAGCCAUGGAACAAUACUGGGAAGACAGAGUGUUGGCGUCCGUUCGUGCUCUUGUCCUAAAAGAGAUCUAUCACGAGACGAGAAAGAAGAGGGCAAAGGGAAGAGAAAAAUGAAACAACCGCAAUCAGAAACACACAAGAAACUCAAAAUUGAAGUAUUAGAAAAUGAUGAAGAGAUAGUAACUCUUCCGAAGAUUCCCAUCAAAGGAAUAAAAACUGUAAUGACGGGGCUCGAAGUUAUGCAGAGGAUGAUGGAGUUAAGUGCCAGUGAAGCAGCAAAGAGGAAGGACCAAAAAGAGGUUGAUGAGUAUAAAAGCUGCCUAACUAGCCUGGGAACCACCAUUGAUAAUAUUAAAAAAGGUUUAAAGCCGCCCUCAAUGCAAUAG